AUGAAGGCUGUAGUCAUUACGUCCCCCGGCAGUCCGAAAGUGCUGCAGGUGCAAGAGGUAGAUGAACCUCAACUUCAAGACGGUGAAGUUUUGAUAAAGAUCGAGGCCACAGCCAUCAACAUGGUCGAUACAUUUCAGCGCAAAGGUCUCAACCGUCUUCGGAUUGGCGCCAGUCCCUAUCUUGGCCUUGAAUGUUCUGGAACGAUCGAAGCCGUUGGGACCAAUGUUUCGAGGUGGAAAAUCGGCGAUCAGGUAUGCGCUCUUCUUAGCGGAGGAGGUUAUGCUGAGAAAGUGACUGUACCAUCCGUUCAACUUCUUCCAGUUCCACCUAAUAUUUCACUUAAAGAUGCUGCUUUCUUCCCUAAGGCUGCCUAUACUGUCUGGUCUACUGUCUUCAUGAUCAGUAAACUAUCACCUGGUCAAUCAUUCCUGGUCCAUGGUGGUUCAACUGGAAUUGGUACAUUUGCCAUCCAAAUAGCUAAGUACUAUGGAAUCAAGGUCUUUACAACUGCAGUUAGUGAGGAAGAACUAGCUUUCUGCAAGGAUAUUGGAGCUGAUGUAUGUAUCAACUGCAAGACCGAAGAUUUUGUUGUUCGGGUGAACGAAGAAACACAAGGGAAAGGUGUUGAUGUUAUACUUGAUAGCAUUGGAGAAGGCUACUAUAAGCCUAACCUUGAAAGUCUAAAUGUCAGUGGAAGACUCUUUCUAAGUGUCGGUGGAAAAUUCCUUAUGUUUGGCUAUAUAGGAGACACACGGCCAAAAACGAACCUAGUCACUUUGUUAACAAAGCACGUCACAAUCCAAUUGAUUGAUUUGCAUGGUAAAAGUAUAGAAAACAAAGGUGAAAUAGUGAGGGAAGUGGAGAAAAACGUUUGGCCGGCAAUUGAUUGUGGGAAGGUGAAGCCAGUGGUCUACAAGUCCUUCCCACUAUCUGAGGCUUCUGAGGCUCAUAGUCUCAUGGAAAGCAGCAAACACAUGGGUAAAAUUCUCCUUUUUCCUUGAUCCCAAUGUUAAUUAAAAACUUAGAACUUGGCUUAUCUACAACUAAAUAAUCGUCUUUGGCUUUCAUUUCUUCC